UGGAAGUCCUCGCUAACAUGGUUGUGUUUUGUUCACACUUCUAUUACAUUUGAAAGCUCAACAAGGAGCCAGGCUAGCAGUCAGGCCUUGUGUUGCUGUGCGAAUGUCGUUGGCUGAUUUUUCGAUAAUAUUGAGACAACUGUAAACAGAAGUUGGGCGAAAGACCCGACCUUCGAGGGACCGAGCAACCUGUAACCGCCUCUGUAACUGUUAGGUCAAGCGUCACUCCUGAGAGCAAGGGAGCAGGAGCGUUUAACAACUCUCGACAGAUCAACCAAGUUGUCCAUUUGUUUUUCACCUUCAUGUGAACUUUAACCCGACUUUGACCACGCCAUUCCAACGUCCAUAGACUUUGAUCGAAAAAGUCACAAUGUCAUUCCUCUCCACCAAAGCGCAACUCGUACACAAGUCACCCAUCCCACCAAAGACCACCCGGGAACAGGCGAUAGAACUAUUACAAGACGACGAGUUCCUUCUCUCGUGCGACCCGCACCUCGCCAAAUGCGAGCCUCUCAUCCCCAGUACGCCGCCAACUGUUCCGAGCGCUGUGGAGCCGCGAGUGCUCGGCGAGACAAAGUCCUACAAAGUCACCGACGUUAUCCACACGCUGCCUGCCGGACUGUGGGACAGCAACGUUGUCAGUACGUAUGAGUUCGCGAAGCUGGAUACUGGCCUCUUUGUCCGAAUCAGAAGCCCGCUGUCAAUGGUCAUGGAGACCGUUUGGGAGAUCAAAGAGGGGCCAGAUGGGGGCUUGGAGAUUGUGGAAAAUGUAGAGAUCAGUUGCUCGAGGUUGUUGAUUGGAAUUGCCAAAGGGCAGUGUGAAAGUGCCUGGGAGGGAAUCCACGGGAAGAUGUUGAAGAGGCUGGAGGGUUCAGGCGGGGUCGACCCAGCAUGAGAGCCUGCCUUACCUAGUAGACCUUCCAUUGUUAUGGAUCUGGGAUAUGGUUUUCCUUUCGGUUUGACGUAAAGAUAUCAACAUAAGGCCAUGAGCUCAAUGAAUGUUCUUGUUGUUUGACACUGCAUCGGACCUGACGUUAGUAGGUAGUCCCUGUUUUACACAAUGCCCUGGCGAAG